UUUUGGUUAUGUUAUUGGGUUCGACUGGAUUUUGGGAAGCUUGCGGAAUAAAUCUACAUACGAACAUCUGCCCUUUGGAAAUAAUGGGAGAUGAUCCGAUACCCCGUGGAGAUGUGAUUUAUUAGGUUUUACGAGUAUCGGCGUUAGGUUCUUGGAGAUGGGGUUCUACCAACACCACUUGGUCGAGAGCUUUUCUAUUUGCCAUUAUUGAGACUCCAAGUCGGCUUGAUGUAUCAUUUUUUGGCAUUGAUACAAAUCGAACUGUGUCUUUUGGUUCUGGAACCGUGAUGAGGUGGAAUACAAUUGUGGAAUCAAUGGCUAUUUUACAACAUACCAGUAGUACUGAAAGUCCUAUAUUCGAGUAGAAGAAAUCUAUGGGACGUAUCGUUAAACCAAUUCGUUCUAUUUUUCAAUGUGGUAUCUAGAAGUCAUUACUCUUGCUGAAUUUCAAUCUUGUAUUACUGUUCCUGAAAUAUUUACAUCUAGCUAAGAUUUUUAAUCAAAUGGAAGGUCAUUGGUGAAAUUAGCCUGCUCCUGAUUGUUCUUUCCUUCGUGAUUUUUUACCUUAUAAUUAUCUGCAACUUUUUACAAUUGUUCGUUUUCAGCAAGAUUCCUAAAAUCCAUCCGAUUCUUUAUGCUCCGCUUUUGGUUAUGCUUAUGUUUGUUUUACUCCUAUCAUCUCUUGUUGUAUCGAGUUCAAGUUUCAUUGUUUGUGCUUCGAUUUUGACAAAUGCCUGCCCGCACGAACGCACAACAGUCCCCAAACCCAACAUCACUAGAAUUGCCCAAAAACGAAGAAACACUCGCGGCUACCGACCUUAGUCUUGACUUUGGUCUAGGUCUAGAUCUUCCUUCCGAGAUCAAAGCAAAUAUAUUCGAUUAUCUCAGUGUCAAAGAUGCAGGAUCCUUACGGUUAACAUCUAGAGCUUGGGCUAUAACUGGGACUGUCAGAUUGUUUCGAGAUGGCUUUAAACUUCAUCCUCAUUGUCAACCAACGGAUAUGGAUAGACUUGCCAAAGUAUCAGAAUGCCCACAUCUAGCUCAAACAAUCAAGUCGAUGGUCAUAUUUCUGGACUCGAGCGAUGCGAGGAAAUGGACAUUUUACUUCUCAGAUGCGAGAGAAAUUCUUCGACGGAGAAUCGAGAACGAACCUGGCUUUUGUGAUCCCGUCCACUUGGCAAAGGCAUUUAGUAAUCUUCCUAAUUUCAAAAACCUCGUCAUCACUUCACUUAGCUAUCCACUUUCGGAGGAUAUGUUUCAAUCGACGUCGACGUGGAUCCCUAAUUGGAACUCGACAAUUGAAGAAGAGAGAACACAAUUCAUGGCAGAUGAUUUAUCCCAAUGGUACUACACUUCAAUAGUAGCAGCUAUCAAUGCAGCAAAUGUAUCACUUACAUCAGUUGAAUUUGACUGCCUGCCAAUGGAUUGUUUAUCAUCCCAAGAACUUGGAUCUCCGCCUUUCAUACCUUUACAACCUUCGUUAAAUCGACUUUGUCUCAUAUCCGAGUUUCCUGGUCAUCCAUACAAGUCCCUCACCGGUCUUAUUUCUCCUCUAGAGCAACUAUCAAUUGGAUUUUGGGAUUAUGGAUUUACUUCCUGGCAGGAUCCACUCGUUUCUCAAAGAAUCACCGAUCUUUUACUUUCAGCACAGCGACUUCGCAGACUAGAUCUAAUGUUUGUAAUGAAUCUCGCCACGAACAUGACACCAGAAUUCCAAAUUGCAUGGAAAAAUUCAUUUUAUAACAUCACCAUGCCUCAUCUAGAAAGUCUUCGUCUCCACCAAACCGAUGUCCCAGAACCGCUUCUUGUCUCCUUCCUUGAGCGACAUCGCUCUACCCUCAGGAACUUACAUCUCAGCGGAGGAUAUAGAUGCGGACCUGAAAGCGGCUGGAAUCAUCUCACACGAUUCCAAUGGAAAGAUAUCCUCACCUCUUUAAGAGAUAAUCUUUCGCUCCGGAAAUUCGAACUCUUAACCUAUGACGAUAGGAGAAAUAUAUAUGAUUGGAAUUGGAAUAUAGUUCCGGGAACAGAAAUUACCUUUGCGAAAUUACUUGAGAAUUAUGUGAUGGGGAAAAGUCCGUGGCCUUUUUUGAUGCCGCUGAAAGGGUCGAAACAUGAUUAUUGGGGUUGGAGAGUUGAUGCGCAGGUUUGGAGAAUGGGUUGAUUGUUUGCUUGGUGUUUGUUAUGAUCGGAUGGAUGGGUCGAUGGGUAAGUGGGUAGAGGCAAGAUUUUAGGAUACUGGUACUUGGAAAUUGUAUAAUUGAAUUGAAGUUGUGUUGCUUGUGAGAUGAUGUGUUUUGUUGCUGUAUCCUUUACAUGUAUUCUGAUUUAACCUUUUAUUCCACUUAAACAGUGCCAGUUCUAUAUGCUAUCUAUCUCCUGGUUCUGGUUUUAUAGCCAGCUAUCCUCUAUACCGAAUUCAAAUACGAUAUGUCCGCAGCCUUAAACCGUGAAUCAUAUACACAAGGAAAAGCUUUCACAAUUGCUCGCAAUCCUCCAAUUAGGAUCAUCAAGAGAAAUUUGAGAGCUCAGUCAUGAUAGUUAGUGAUUCUGUAUUCACCCACAUACAGCGGAGACAUUUCAUGAUUUAAGCGUCUUCCGAGUGUAACCAAUGAGAAUACUCACUGGAAUGAAAAGAACGAAG